UUCCCUUUGUGCACGUAUAAAUACCCUCGAAACUUCUCAAGGAAAUGAAUCUCUCAGUUUUUGCAAAGGUUAGAGAGAGAGAGAGAGAAGAUAGAGGAGAUUUUGAUUUGGAGUGGGAACUUUGGAAAUUUAGAGAAAAGCAAUCAAAAAUUUCUCCACCCAACACAUUUCCAUAUUUCCACAAAGUAUAGAUUUUUGUUUUGAAAGAAAAGGAUAUAGAUUUAACAUCCAUUACCCUUGUCAUUCAACAAACUCAACAAAUAAGAGGUAAACCGAAAUGGAGGGAACAGAGAAACCGAAAGGUUCAGAACCACAUCAUCAAAAGCGCCAUAGCCGCAGCAGAAGCAUAAGCAGGAGCCUGAGCAGGGCAAGUUGGCGCAUGGAAGAAGUAUUUGGGACUGCCACGCACUCGAGAAGAAGCAGCCAAGCGGACGAAGACGAAGAAGCUCUGACAUGGGCUGCCAUUGAGAAACUGCCCACGUAUGAUAGGCUAAGAACAAGCAUCAUCAAGUCCCUUGGGGAAACUGAGCAUCAAGGAGUACAUAAGCAAGUAGACGUUCUACAGCUCGACAUGGACGACCGUCAGAAUUUCAUUCAAAGGGUUUUCAAGGUUGCAGAGGAAGAUAAUGAGACGUUCCUGAAAAAGUUCAGAAGUAGACUUGAUAAGGUUGGGAUCAAACUUCCCACAGUGGAAGUAAGGUACGAGCAUUUGACAAUUGAAGCUGAUUGCCAUGUUGGAACAAGAGCUCUUCCCACCCUCCCAAAUGUUGCUCGGAACAUCGCAGAAUCAGCUCUUGGCUUAAUUGGGAUUAAGUUGACUAAGCAAACAAAACUAACAAUUCUCAAAGAUGUCUCUGGCAUUAUUAAACCUUCAAGGAUGGCCCUUUUAUUAGGUCCUCCAUCCUCGGGGAAGACUUCCCUUUUGCUGGCUUUAGCUGGGAAGUUGGAUUCAAGCUUGAAGGUUAAAGGAGAGAUAACUUACAAUGGUCACCGGCUGAAUGAGUUUGUGCCACGGAAGACAUCUGCAUACAUUAGCCAAAAUGAUCUUCAUGUUGGAAAUAUGACGGUCAAAGAAACACUAGAUUUUUCGGCAAGGUGCCAAGGGGUUGGGACACGAUAUGAACUUCUUACUGAGCUUGCUAGAAGAGAAAAGGCCGCUGGAAUAUAUCCAGAGCCCGAAGUAGACCUUUUCAUGAAGGCUACUGCAAUGGGAGGACUUGAAAACAGUCUCAUUACUGAUUAUACUCUCAAAAUUUUGGGGCUUGAUAUAUGUAAGGACACAAUUGUUGGAGAUGAGAUGCAGAGAGGGAUAUCUGGUGGCCAGAAAAAACGAGUAACCACAGGUGAGAUGAUUGUUGGACCUACUAAAACAUUGUUCAUGGAUGAGAUUUCAACGGGUCUCGAUAGCUCCACGACGUUCCAAAUCGUGAAGUGCCUACAACAAAUUGUACACAUCACUGAGGCUACGAUCUUGAUGUCUUUACUCCAACCUGCUCCUGAGACAUUUGAUCUUUUUGAUGAUAUCAUCCUUUUAUCAGAAGGCCAGAUCGUUUACCAGGGAUCACGUGAGCACAUAUUAGAGUUCUUUGAGACAUGUGGAUUUCGAUGCCCUGAGAGAAAGGGAACUGCCGAUUUCUUGCAAGAGGUUACCUCAAGAAAAGACCAGGAGCAGUAUUGGGCAGACAGAAGGACUCCAUACAGAUACGUAUCGGUCACAGAAUUUGCAAACCGGUUCAAGCGUUUCCAUGUGGGCAUGAGUAUAGCGGAUGAGCUCUCAAUCCCAUUCGACAAGGCUCAAAGCCACAAAGCAGCUCUUGUAUUCAAAACAUAUUCAAUGCCCAAAAUGCAGCUUCUCAAAGCAUGUUUUGACAAAGAAUGGCUGCUCAUGCAGAGGAACUCAUUUAUUUACAUUUUCAAGACUGUCCAAAUUAUAAUAGGGGCAAUCAUAACGGCGACAGUGUUUUUGAGGACCGAAAUGGACACUAGAAAUGAAAAUGAUGGAGCACUCUAUGUUGGUGCACUUAUAUAUUGCCUAAUCAUUAACAUGUUUAAUGGGUUUGCUGAGCUCUCAUUGACCAUUGCAAGACUUCCUGUGUUUUACAAGCAUAGAGACCUUCUUUUCCACCCUGCUUGGACUUUCACUCUCCCAUCUGUCCUGCUUGGGAUUCCUAUAUCCAUCAUAGAAUCUACUGUUUUCAUAGGCAUAACAUACUACACCAUUGGAUUUGCACCUGAAGCUAGCAGGUUUUUCAAGCAACUAUUGUUGAUAUUUCUGAUGCAACAAAUGGCAUCUGCGCUAUUUAGGCUUAUUGCUGGAGUUAGCAGGACCAUGAUCAUAUCCAACACUGGCGGGACUCUCACUCUUCUAAUUCUUUUCUUGCUUGGAGGUUUCAUAAUUCCAAGAGGUGAAAUUCCAAACUGGUGGACGUGGGCAUACUGGAUUUCACCUUUGACAUAUGGCUUCAAUGCUAUCUCUGUAAAUGAAAUGUAUGCUCCGAGGUGGAUGAACAAACUGGCUUUAGAUAAUGUUACCAGGGUGGGUGAGACAGUGCUUAAUAACUUUGAUGUUUACCACAACAAAAACUGGUUUUGGAUUGGUUCUGGCGCUCUUCUGGGGUUUGUUGUUCUCUUCAACUCCCUUUAUACGGUCUCCCUUAUGUACCUAAGUCCUCCUGGAAAGCCACAAGCCAUCAUAUCUGAAGAGGCGGCAAACGAAAUGGAGCUAGACCAAGAAGAAUCAAAGGACGAGCCAAGACUGAGAAGACCCCCAUCCAAGAAUGUUUCAUUGCCUCGAUCAUUAUCUUCUACUGAUGGAAACAAUACAAGAGAAAUGGAAGUCCGACGAAUGAGCAGUCGAUCCAGCUCUAGUGGACUAGAUAGAAAUGCUGAUUCAUCUCUCGAAGUCUCCGGUGGUGUUGCCCCCAAGAGAGGAAUGGUUCUACCUUUCACUCCUCUUGCAAUGUCCUUCGACAGUGUUAAUUAUUUCGUGGACAUGCCCACUGAAAUGAAGGAGGAAGGAGUAGCAGAGGACAGGCUGCAACUACUUCGUGAAGUAACUGGUGCAUUUAGGCCUGGGGUCUUGACUGCCCUAAUGGGGGUAAGUGGGGCUGGGAAGACAACUUUGAUGGAUGUCUUAGCAGGAAGAAAGACCGGAGGUUACAUUGAAGGUGACAUUAGAAUUUCCGGGUACCCUAAGAAGCAAGAAACCUUUGCAAGAAUUUCUGGUUACUGUGAACAAACUGAUAUCCACUCACCCCAAGUCACUAUCAAAGAAUCGUUGGUUUACUCAGCUUUCCUUAGACUCCCUAAAGAAGUCAGCAACGAGGAAAAGAUGAUUUUUGUAGAUCAAGUGAUGGAACUGGUUGAGCUGGACAAUCUUAAAGAUGCCUUAGUAGGGCUUCCCGGAGUUUCAGGGCUGUCAACAGAACAAAGAAAGAGGUUAACGAUUGCAGUUGAGCUUGUUGCCAAUCCCUCAAUCAUUUUCAUGGAUGAACCAACAUCAGGUCUUGAUGCAAGGGCAGCUGCCAUCGUUAUGAGGACUGUUAGAAAUACAGUGGACACUGGGAGAACAGUUGUUUGCACAAUUCAUCAGCCUAGCAUAGAUAUCUUUGAGGCAUUCGAUGAGCUGCUACUGAUGAAGAGAGGAGGACAAGUUAUCUACUUAGGACCACUGGGCCGCAAUUCUCACAAGAUUGUUGAAUAUUUUGAGGCGGUUCCUGGCGUGCCAAAAAUCAAAGAGAAGUACAAUCCAGCUACAUGGAUGCUUGAGGCGAGCUCAACGUCAAUUGAGGUCCGGCUUGGAAUGGACUUUGCUCAAUACUACAAAUCAUCUGCCUUGUAUCAGAGAAACAAAGCUUUAGUAAAUGAGUUGAGCACACCACCAGGAGGAGCAAACGACCUCUAUUUUCCCACUCAGUUUUCUCAGUCGUCAUGGAAGCAAUUCCAGUCUUGCCUCUGGAAGCAGUGGUGGACAUAUUGGAGAAGUCCUGAUUAUAACCUUGUCAGAUUCUUUUUUACCUUGGCAGCAGCCCUUCUCGUUGGAUCUAUUUUCUGGGAUGUUGGCUCAAAAAUGGAAAGCAGUUCUAAUUUGACCAUGGUUAUCGGGGCUAUGUACGCUGCUGUAUUUUUCGUCGGAUUUGAUAACUGCACAACGGUGCAACCCAUUGUCGCCAUUGAAAGAACAGUUUUUUAUCGAGAAAGAGCUGCUGGGAUGUACUCUGCAUUACCUUAUGCACUGGCACAGGUCAUUAUUGAAAUACCAUAUGUGUUUAUUCAGACCACGUAUUAUACACUGAUAGUGUAUGCUAUGGUGAGCUUCCAAUGGGAAGUAGGAAAAUUCUUCUGGUUCUUCUUUAUCAACUUCUUCUCCUUCCUUUACUUCACAUACUAUGGCAUGAUGACCGUUUCCAUCACACCGAACCACCAAGUAGCAGCCAUAUUCGCCGCAGCUUUCUAUUCAGUCUUCAAUCUCUUCUCUGGUUUCUUCAUUCCAAGACCAAAAAUACCCAAAUGGUGGAUUUGGUACUACUGGAUAUGUCCCGUGGCAUGGACGGUGUAUGGAUUGAUUGUGACACAGUAUGGUGACAUUGAGAAGACCAUUAAAGCACCUGGGUAUACAUCUGACCCAACUGUGAAAUGGUACCUAGAAGACCGUUACGGAUUUAAAUCAGAUUUCAAGGGACCAGUGGCUGGAGUUCUAGUUGGAUUCGGAGUCUUCUUCGCCUUCAUGUUUGCCUUCUGCAUUCGGAAACUCAACUUCCAAGUUCGAUAGAGGUGUUCUUUGUAUACCUUAUAUCUGUUAUUAUAUGUAUGUGUGUGUUUGUGUUAUAGAAAGUGAGAUACGUAAAUAUAUGUAAUAUUGUAACAAGAAGAAUAAAGGAAGCCUUUCCUUAAACAUUAAUUGCUCCCUUGAGAAAGUAAUUGUGAUCGUUAGGGUUAUUUUUGUUGCA